CUUUGGACGGACGCAUGGUCCUUGGUACAGCAGCAAACGCCUCGAGCAGAGUGUCAGCGCUGGCCCUCGGCAGCCGAAAACAGCAGUGUUUGCUCCCCUUUACACCACUGCGCGUCCUCGGGAGGCGAGCCGGAUCGUGCAGCGAUCCGCCUCCUCGACUGCCGCGUAAAGCCACCAAACGUGUGCAACCUCUUUCCCGAGCCGACGCAUUCAUCCAGCAGGUCUGGCUCUCGCCGGAAAAGGUACGAGGGAAACAAGCACGGGAAGGCUAGGCCGCCACGGUGUUGGUGCGUUGGUAGAUAGGCCAGAGCAGCCACACGCGCAACGCCAGCGAGGACCGUCCUGCACCUCGCUUCCGAUCUCCCCGAGGCAAGUAAACGAUCUUUACCGCUUUUCCUCGGCAGCGACACAAGCUUGCCCAUCAUGCAGAUGCUCACAAAGUUCGAGUCCAAGUCGAACCGGGUAAAAGGCAUCGCCUUCCACCCGUCGCUGCCCCUGCUUGCCGCGACGCUGCACAAUGGCUCCAUCCAGCUGUGGAACUACCAGACGGGCACCAUCUACGACCGGUUAGACGAGCACGAUGGGCCCGUGCGCGGCAUUUGCUUCCACCCUACCCAGCCGCUGCUCGUCAGCGGCGGCGACGACUACAAGAUCAAGGUGUGGAACCACAAGACCCGUACGUGCCUCUUCACCCUCAACGGGCAUCUCGACUAUGUCCGCACCGUCUUCUUCCACCACACGCAGCCCUGGAUCCUCUCGGCCAGCGACGAUCAGACGAUCCGAAUCUGGAACUGGCAGAGCAGACAGUGCAUCGCCAUCCUGACGGGCCACAACCACUACAUCAUGUGCGCCCAGUUCCACCCCACAGAGGACUUGAUCGUCAGCGCGUCCAUGGACCAGACCGUGCGCGUGUGGGACAUCUCUGGCCUCCGCAAGAAGAGCGCCGCCAGCAGCAGCAACGGCACAGCCAGCAGCAUGCCCAUGAGCAUCGAGGAGCAGAUCGCCCGCGCUGCGUCUGGUAGCGGCCUUCCCGGAGCGUUAGGCGGCCAGGCAGACCUCUUCGGCAGCACGGACGCCAUGGUCAAGUACGUUCUCGAAGGCCACGACCGCGGUGUCAACUGGGCGUCGUUCCAUCCGACGCUGCCGCUCAUCGUCUCUGCCGGCGAUGACCGCCAGGUGAAGCUGUGGCGCAUGAGCGAGACCAAAGCGUGGGAGGUCGACACGUGCCGCGGGCAUUUCAACAAUGUCUCCUCUGCCCUCUUCCAUCCGCGGCAUGAGCUGAUCAUCUCCGACGCCGAAGACAAGACGAUCCGCGUGUGGGACAUGGGCAAGCGGACCGCCGUGCAGACCUUCCGACGCGAGGCGGACCGCUUCUGGGUGCUCACCGCCCAUCCGAAGCUCAACCUCUUCGCAGCAGGCCACGAUUCCGGGUUGAUCGUCUUCAAGCUCGAGCGCGAGCGCCCUGCCUUCAGCGUGCACCAGCAGACUCUGUAUUACGUGCGUGACAAGCAGAUCCGACAGCUAGACUACCAGACGGGGACCGAUCAUGCCGUGCUCAGCGUCAAGAAGCUUGGCAGCGCCUACGUGCAGCCGCGCACGCUUAGCUUCAACCCGGCCGAGCGCAGCGUGCUCGUCGUCUCCGCCAAUAGUGGUGCUUCCUCCAACACUAACGGGGACGCGCCAGCGCAACAGGGCGUCUACGACCUCGCGCCGCUGCCGCGUGAAGGCGCCGCCGUCGCUGGAUUGACGCAGGACCUGCAGGAUUCUGGCGCAGUCGGAAAGCGCGGCCAUGGCUCGUCAGCCAUCUUUGUCGCGCGCAACAGGAUCGCCGUGCUCGACCGCGUCGCGCAGCAGAUCGAGAUCCGCGACCUGAGCAACAACGUGACUAAGGCCUUUCCGUGCCCGCAAAGCCGCGGUGGCGGCGGCGACAGCGGCAAUGCCUCUGUGGUGCCGACGACGACGCACGAGAUCUUCUUUGGCGGCACCGCGUCGCUGCUGCUCAGCACGAACAGCGGCGUCAUCAUGUACGACAUCCAGCAGCAGAAGAUCCUCGGCGAGCUCGCCAGUCCGUUGGUCAAGUACAUCGCCUGGAGCGCAGACGGCAACUCAGUCGCGCUGCUGUCCAAGCACACCAUCACCAUCGCCAACAAGUCUCUCGGGCAGUCGACGCUGAUCCACGAGACGAUUCGCAUCAAGAGCGCCUGCUGGGAUGACACCGGCGUGCUCAUCUACACGACGCUUAACCACAUCAAAUACGCAUUACCCAACGGGGACAGCGGCAUCAUCAAGACGUUGCAGCAACCCGUGUACGUCACGCGCGUCAAGGGCAAAACCGUCAGCGUCCUCGAUCGGACCGCUCGCCCAAAGAACAUCGUCAUCGACCCGACUGAGUACAGGUUCAAGCUCGCACUUAGCAUGGGCAACUACGACGAAGUGCUCAGCAUCAUCAAGAACAGCAACCUCGUGGGGCAGGCCAUCAUCGCCUACCUCCAAAAGAAGGGCUACCCCGAGAUCGCGCUGCAUUUCGUCAACGACAAGACCACGCGCUUCGACCUCGCGAUUGAGUGCGGCAAUCUUGACGUUGCACUCGAGACCGCCGAGGCCAUUGGCGCCGACGAGGUGUGGCAGCGCCUCGCGGAAGCCGCGCUCAAAUUGGGAAACGUCAAAGUCGUCGAGCGUGCGUACCAGCGCAUCAAAGCCUUCGAAAAGCUCUCUUUCCUUUACCUCAUCACCGGUAACGUCGACAAGCUCGCCAAGAUGAGCGUCAUUGCCGAGCGGCGUGGCGACGCGAUGAGCAGGUACCAUAAUGCGCUCUACCUUGGCGAUGCGCACAAGCAGGUCGAGCUGCUCAAGGAUGUAGGCAUGGACGCGCUCGCUUACGCCACCGCCCGCUCGCACGGACUCCUCGACGACGCAGCUGCCAUCGCGGAUGCUGCCGGCGCGACACCUGGCAUGACCGGCCUGGAGACUGGCGGCGAUGAUGUGCAGUCCAACAUGCAGCCGCUCCGGCCCCCGCAAAUCGUCACGCCGGCGUACAAGUACGCCUGGCCCGUGCUGCCCGGUAAGGAGAGCUUCUUUGACAAGGCACUCGUCGCUAACGCCGAGGAUGGACAGGUCAUCUUCAAGGACAACGCCGUCGCGGAGGCCGUCGAUGCGGACGAGUGGCUUGAGGCAGACGGCUUUGCGGAUGCCGAGGAGGAGAUCGACGAUCCAGAUGGUAUCCUUGCUGCCGCAGGCACUACUGCCACCGGCGGUGUCUUGGCUAGCACCACUGCUAUAGCGUCUGCCGCUGCGGCGGAGGAAGCAUGGGAUCUCGAGGAAACCGAGCUCCCCGUCAACUCGUUCGAUGCCCCCGUCGUCACACCCCUCGGCGACCGACCGCUCGAGGGCACUGAGCCAGGCUCGAGCGAGACGGAGCAUUGGCUGCGCAACUCGGCCCUCGCGGCGGAUCACUGCGCUGCCGGCAGCUUCAAGACUGCCAUGACGCUCCUUUCGCGCCAAGUGGGUGUUGUACACUUUGCGCCGCUGAAGCAGCUCUUCCUCACGCUCUCCGUAGCGGCCAAAGCUAGUAUCCCCGGCGCACCGGCGCUCGAUCCGCUCGAGUUGCCGCUUCGCCGCAAUCUUGACGAGACGAGCAAGCAGAAGGUCCUCCCUGCGCGGCUGUGGAGCGUGCGCGAUCUCAGCAGUGGCGAACUGCAGGAGGCGUAUAAGGCGGUCAACGGCAACAAACUCGAAGAUGCGCAGACCAUCUUCCGGGGCCUGCUCUACAAGCUCGUCCUUACCGUCGCCAUCGACGAGGCCGAAGCAGCUGAGAUCAACGACUUGCUGCUCCUUUGCCGCGAGUACCUGCUCGGUAUCUCCAUUGAGCUCGAGCGCCGCGAGAGCGCAAAGGCCGAUCCCUCAUUUACUAGCAGCCCGCGCGGUCUGGAGCUCGCCGCGCUCUUCACACAUGCGCAGAUGCAGUCGCCGCACUUGACCAUCGCGCUGCGCUCCGCUAUGAAUGUCGCAAGCAAGGCGGGCAACUUUGUCAUGGCGGCCAGCUUUGCCAACCGCUUGCUGGCGCUCCAUCCGCCACCGCCUGAGCGCGUCGCACAGCAGGCGCAGCAAGUCCUUUCAGUCGCGGACCGCUCACCACGGGACGCAGUGCCAGUGCCAAGCUACGACCCACGCGAGCGCAGCUUUGUCAUCUGUGGCGCCUCGCACACACUCAUCCCCGCCGCAGACGCUGGAGGCGCAGUAACGGAUCCGCUCACGCAGCAGGCGUACUUGCCAGAGUACAAAGGGACGCUCUGCAGGAUCACCGGUAUCAGCGAGAUCGGCAAGAUCACCUCCGGGUUGCGGCCUCUCGCUUGAAUAUGAACGAAACUUGGAAGGUGGAAGUGAAGACGCGAAAGAUGACGAAGAGCCUCCCUGUAGAUUGUGAAUGACCUCAAAAUGAACGAUUCGUGAAGUGG